CGAUUGUGCUUAUCGCGAUCGUCGUGUCCGCGCGGGUGACGUUUCUGUUCAUGUUUCGCUGUCAAAGUCAUUUGAGAAUGUCUAAUUGUGUGAAAUAUUAGUGUCUAUACUUCGAAUAAAUAGCUCGUGAUCGUUAACUGAUUAAUUCGUCAGUGUUAUAAGUCAGAAACACAGCUAAUUAGCACAGUAACGAUAAAGUUGCAGCGUCUAGGUUCGGUGGCGGCCAUUUUCUUUGCCGGCUGUGUUCAUUCGUGCCGUGCCCAUCUCGACGAUACGGGGCAAUAACGAGCGGGGCCAGUCAGUUGGCAUUUUCGCGAGUAGAGCGGAGGUGUCUCUAGUUUUUAGCAUUUAAGCAUUCAAUUUAAACACAAAAGUGCAUCAAAAUGACGACAAACAUGCAGCAAGGAACGAUUCUGGACGUUUUGAAAAGAAAAAUGCGCCAGACAAAAGAGGAAAUGGAGAAAUAUAAGGACGAAUGCGAGGAGUAUCACAAACGUUUACAAGUGGAAAUUAUGCGGAGAGAAGAAGCUGAGUCCGAAGUGGCUGCCCUCAACCGACGCAUCCAACUGCUGGAAGAGGACCUCGAGAGGUCCGAGGAGCGUCUCGCCACCGCCACCGCCAAGCUCUCAGAGGCCAGCCAGGCUGCCGAUGAGUCGGAACGAAUACGGAAGGCGUUGGAGAAUCGAACCAAUAUGGAGGACGACCGCGUCGCCAUCUUGGAGGCACAGCUGUCGCAGGCCAAGCUCAUCGCCGAAGAGUCCGACAAGAAAUACGAAGAGGUUGCUCGUAAGCUGGCCAUGGUUGAGGCUGACUUGGAGCGCGCAGAGGAGCGUGCUGAGUCCGGCGAAUCCAAAAUCGUCGAGCUUGAGGAGGAACUCCGUGUCGUUGGUAACAACCUGAAGUCCCUGGAAGUCUCCGAGGAGAAGGCAAUGGCGUCUCGCGAGCACGUCGAGGAUAAGAUCCACAGCCUCUCGCAGAAACUAUCGCAAGCUGAGGCGCGCGCUGAAUUUGCUGAGCGCUCCGUGCAGAAACUUCAGAAGGAGGUCGACAGGCUUGAAGACGAGGUGGUGGAAGAGCGCAGUAAAUACAAGGCUAUAGCGGAGGAGGUGGACCAGACGUUCGCAGACCUAUCGGGGUACUAACUACACGGCGGCCAUCUUGGACGCGCACGCCAUAUUGCGGAGAAAUGGCGGGAAGACUGCGGGCGCACUGCGGUGGAUUGUUGCUUCAAAAACGUGCCUAUUAUGAAAGAACAACACAUGAAGUCUUACAAACUAAUAUCCAAUUUAAUUAAUUAUGAAAAUAGAUCAGUGUUCAUGUAUUGUACUUUAUAAUAGACUGUAUAUUCUUUGCACAGAACUCAAGUUGAGAAUGGAUGUCGUUUCAACGAUAGUUCACUUUGAAUGUUAUGUUUUGCGGCACUUUGGAUGUCUCUGAUGAAUUCUUAGGACUGCUUGAUUAGGUACCGUUCGUGUUAUAAUGAAUUUCAAUAAGAAUGUGAUGAACUGAAUAGUACCUAGUCUUUGGCGCUGUGUGGAAUCUGUAAGUAGAUAAACAUUUCUUGAAAUGUAAUUGAUAGAAUGAUGCGAUUGUUGUUUAUGUGUGGGCCAGAAGAGAAAGUCUCAGACAGAAGACUAUGCAUUAAACUAUGUGAUUGUUCUCUCCUCUCGAGAACUUAUGCUUACCUUAGAGAUUUCAAUCGGUACCUGUAAUUUUAUGCCUUACCGUACUUAACGGUAAUAAACAGUUGUUACUUCUUAUCAAAACAACUUAAUAAUAUAAAGAAACGGUUGCAUUUUUCAAAAUUAAGAUGUCCAGUUAUCAUUGUUACCAAAAUGUCUAUUUGUAUAAAUAUUUUUGAGACUUGUACAAUUAUGUAGUUUAGUGUCGACGAAUAUUACCGAACUAUCAUUGAAAUUACUUUUUGGAUACUUACUUCCAUUGGUUUUUAUGGAUUAGUUUCAUGUGGGGAUGUCUCUAAACAUUUUUCGGCUUAUUUGCUCUGGAUAUGAACUAUUAGAUCUGUUAGAUCGCCAUUUGGCAAAGAAUAAAUGGAAAACAGUAGUUACAUUGUUGUGUAGGGUUUAACUAAGGUAAAAGUAGGUCGAUAAACUACCCAGAUUUAUGAAAUGUGUGCCUGUGAAAAAGUAUUAGAUUUGGGUUGCCGAGGCAUCGGCUUGAGGAGCAAGAGUAGGAACGGGGUGGUUUUUAGUCAGUAAGGGUUUCACGUACUCCCUCUCGCUUACCCAAGACGGGUACGGAACCCAUUGCCCUAAAAAACAAAAUGAUUUAUAACCUGCCUACAUCAAAAUUGUCACCUGAAAGAUGUACGGGGCUACGACUCAGAAAGUAAUUUUUAGAUUAAUAUUUAGAUAUUCAUAAUGUCUAAAUAGAACACGUUAGGCCAUUCUAACUAUGGACCUAAGACCUGUGUCUAUAAGCUAAAGUAAAGUAAAGAAAAAAAUAUUGAAAGAGAACAAUUUUAAAGUUUCGUGAAUAAACAGAAAGGUGAAUUUCCAACAUUCAAAGUAUAUUUGCUUAUACUUAUAUUGUAAAAUCACUACGAGACGGUUCUCGUGAUGUUUACCCAAGGAAAAGUACUGGAUAGGUAUGUAACAUGAAACUACUGGUUUUUCCAUUUACUCAAAGCGUUCGCCUUAAAAGUAGUCCAAAAGCUGUCGUAAACUGAAUUUGUGCAAAGAAAUUAUAUAUAGAAAGAUAGACACAGCUAUUUUAUUACUUCAAAGCUCACUUUUAUGUAGCAUUGAAUGCGCCUAAUAACACUGCCGAAAUUAUGUGUAUAUGCGCCGCGAAUUUUUUACUACAGUUUUUUAUGAUACGUGUAAAACAUAGUCUUAUGAAAAUGUGUAACGAGAUUUUUAAUUUGGGUUUAGGCUCUAUUUUUAAUGUCAGUCACACUUUGAAACACAUCGAUAUUGUUUUCUUCCAUCCGUAAAUGUGACUUAUCACAGUAGCAUAAGGUUUACAGUAAACAAUUGCCAUAAUAUUGGAACUGAUUUGUGUUCAAUUCACAAUCAAAGUGUGACUAGAAACAUUCCAUUUAUUUAUAAGUACCAUACAUUAUACAAUCAAUAGAUUUGAAAACUUUUGUACUCGAUUAUUUAGCUUUUAGAUUUUGUACAAGAUGAGUGUAUCGUCAAUUUAUUAUGUACCUUAUUUGUAUUUGUGUAUGCUUCAUACUUCAGUAAGUCCCUAUUCUUGAUUCCAGUAAGACUUUCAUAGCUUCAGAAGAAGUACCUAUCAGCGCUUUAAACUGUUCACUCUUGUAAAAUAAAAUUUAUAUGAAAUUA